AUGGCCCGCCGGUUCAUAUUGAAUAAGCCAUAUCCAACCUUAAACAAUCCAGCAAACCUCUUAUACCGUACAUCUAGCUUCCGAAUAACUAGGAAAAAAAACAACAUUUUCAUUAAGCAAAAUCAAAUCCCUAUCUCCAAUUUUUGGGGUUUUUUGUUUAUUGAUGUUGUAUUUUUCAUAACAAAAAGAAAGGGUCAGCCUCACAAUGUUCUUCCUUCCACAUUGACUGUGUGCUUGUGCCUGUCUCUUAUAGUUCCUCUUAAAUCAGGGAACAACCUUCCAAUUCGAAUUGGAAAUGAAUUUGGAGGUUUUCUUGAUUCCGUCUUCAUCUGGAGCCUUUUAGGGAAGAGGUAA